UGCUACUUUCUCUCUCUUUCUCUCUACCUCACACACUCACUCACAUCAGAAAGAAGAAGAAGAAGAAGAGAGAAGAGUUUCGCUGCUUCCACUCAAAUGUACUUGACUUAGUUCAAUUGCUUACACACCAAAUCCAUCCUUUCACUUCUUCUAGGAGGCCGAGUGGUGGGAGAUAAGCCAAGAAAAGACAAAGUCAAUUUAACCCUGGGAAAGAGAAAGCAGUGUUAAAAUGGCCGGGUCGUGGCGGGCAUUGUUGCUAAAUCCAGUACUGCGGGACGAUAUCACAAUUAGUGAGACAUCAUCAGCACCACUUUCUCAUCCAGUGAAAGCUGUUCUAUAGAGACAGAUACCGGAGGUGGAAAUAAUUAAGGAUGGAGAUUACCUGGGAAGAUUAGUAACUUUGUGGAUAAGAUAAACGAUGUGGUUGAGUAUCCAGUGGUGACCCACCCAUCCACACCCACCCACCCCGCAGUACAUACAUAAAUACAUACAUACACAUCAUCAUCAUCACUCGUCCACCCACUUCCUGCUGUGAUUAGAAAACAAACCGAGUCACAAAAACAAAUACUACAAUGUGUUGUUGUAUUCCGUUGCGACGGCUGAGCUAUUUUGGGGCUGGAUUGCAUCUGAUGAUGGGGCUGCUCUACUUUUACUUUUUGGGUUGCGUGAUCUAUACGAUGUAUCGUGUCAGAGAUAAGGAUAAUUACGAUGAGCGUGUGACAAUGGGACUACUAUAUGUCGGCUACUAUGCUGCAUUCCUUCCUCCGGGUAUCUUCAUAUUUUGGGGGGUGCAUAAGAAACUACGCUGCUUCCUCGUCGUUCCAUCAAUCUUAUUCUUUUUCAUCCAAAUUUUUGGCGUAACUCUGGAAGGAAUUUACAAAUUCAGACCACAAGGAUUCCCCGAAGCGAUGGAGAAAUACAAUCAAGAAGGUCUUGUCCUAUCCCGACUGCAGGCCGACUAUUGGAUGGACAUGUGCCUCCAACUCGCCAUAACUAUCUCGUACCUCUCCAUGCUCUUCUUCUACUACCGUGAAAUCGAACCGGAAGACACAACCCCCGUUCAAUCCCGCUAUGCUCAAGCUUACCUUCAACAACAGCAGCAACUCAUGCAACAACAACAAUCCGGCAGCGGUCCUCAGUCGUCUUCACCUCCCGUCCCGUGUCCCAUGGGACCACCAGUCGUGCCCUUCCGACCUGUUCACCACUCCCUCACCAAUCUCACCCGGGCAGGAGAAAGGGAACGAGGCGGUGGUGGUGGGAGAGAUGGGAUUUUAGGCGGAAACGGGACACCUUGUCCACCACCCCCACUUAACCUUGGAGCUUUAAACCUCUCCCUUGAUCAGCAACACCAACUCUUAAAACUUCAACAGCACCCCCUCAUCCUCCAACAGCUCCAACAACAAAUCCACCACCAGCAACAGCAACAACUCCAACAGCAACUGCAGCAACAACAGUCGCACCAAUACCAUGACACACAUCACAUCCAAAACGAAUUAGAGAUGCAACAUCGCCCCCAACAUCAUCACCACCACCAUGAAAGAGGUCAUCAUCAGCAAGGAGGAGGGAGUCAGAGUCAGCAAUCCUCGCUGCAUCAUCAACCCUCAUCGCACAGCCAUCAGCCGGACCAAGCCCCACCACCGCCCCCACCACUCAGCCUAUUUCAUCCAUACGCCCAAAUGAUGGACCCCAACAAGACGCCAAAGUUUUAGUCUUCACAAACUACUUUUUUUAGCUAUACGGUGAUUUUUUUAAUCGGUUAGUAAGAUAUUUGCCAUUUUCCUGGUGUGUGUAACGGUGGGUGAGAUUAUAUAAGACGGAACUUUAAUACAAAAAAUGUGCUGGGACAUAUUAUGUAACCAAAAAAUAAUGUGGUGCAGACUGCAGAGAUGAAAAUAGAAAAUGAUCAGAAUCUUUAAAGUGGAAAAGGAAAACAAACUUUCACCGUACAUAUACUCGUCAAAAAAAUGAGAUUUACGAGUACAAAAGCAAUCAUCCUACUAAAUAUCUGCUCUCUCUUUCUCUCUUUCUCCUGGUGCAUACAUAAAAAAUACUCCGGUGGAAACAUAUUAUUGUGUGUGUACAUUAUUAUUAUGUCGAAUAUCGUCUCGUGUUCAAUUCCCAUGCAAAAAAUAAUACAUAGACACACACAAAACAAUACUAUUUAAAGGGGUCCUAAAUAAAUGGGGGAUCUUCUUCCGACACUGGGGAAAUCAGAAAUUCAUAAUUAUGGGUUAAGAUGACGAUAUAAUGAGCAUACCCCGGACAAAUAUUUUUUUAUCCUACCCUACUCGUGUUGAGCUCAACAUGAGUAGGGUAGGAUAAAAAAAUAUUUUUCCGGGGUAUGAUAAUGAGUAAUAUGCGAAUGUAACGAGUACAUACAUAUUUAAGAUGUAAGUUAUUUUAAGCACUACUCAUCACUGUCUAUCUCUCUUUCUAUCUCUAUUGUCUUGCCACUCCGACUCACGAGUAUUAUUAAGACGAAUAAUAAUUCAUGCCAAAUGAGAGCAUUACUACAAUAAUAAUUAUCUAGACAAGUCUCACACAAAGAAUUUGUAAAAAAUAAUACUCGUGCAGUAUUUAGAGUGGUCUUCAAAUUAAUUGUAUCAAUGUAAAAUCCUUACUAAAACUGGAAGACGGGAUGAGGAACAAGAAAAAUAAUAUUAGUACGGAUAUAUAUAUACGGAUAGCAUCAGUACGUAUGUAAAUCGAGUAUAAAAAUCAUACAUUUUUUAUACCCAUCAUAAAACUUGAAUUAAUAAGGAUCGAUAAGAAAUCAAAACUUUUCUUACAUCAACACCUAACCAACUACAAAAAUGGGUUCAAUUUUCGGACUAAAUUAAUAAGAAAAAGUGGAAACUAUAACGCAAUAUUAUUGGUAUUAUUACUGAUGGACUCUUUUUCCGUAAUAACUUAAUGUGCUAACUAUACUACCAACCACCACCCUCCAAUAAUAAAUGUCAACCAAAUAAUUGUACGAUUAAUUAGCGUGUAAUACUCUGAUUUUUAAGAAAUAAUUAUCCAAACCGGAAGCAACCACCUUUCCAUGCACUAUGUACUUAUAAUCAACCAUGACACCAAACCAACCCUUCUUACGAUUAGUAUUAUUCAGAAUAUCUCGUCUCGUCAAAUUGUACAGGGUAACCAGUCAUUUAAAUAAGUCAGAUAGGUUAACAAAAAAUUCCCAAAACUGGUUCAACUUUUCAAAUAUGAAAGAAUUAAUAAUGUUGUAAAAAAAAUACAAGUAGAAGAUUUUGUGUAUUCUGUAUACUUUUCUAAUACUAAGGUACAUAUGCACACACCACAACUUCCAAAAUAUGUAAAUCCAAGAGUGACAAGGCACCCACACUACUACUAUAAACUAUUUAUGACCUAUUUACUGCGGACCGAAUGUGGAAAUGAAGUAAAAAUAAAAUAAAGAAUAAUACCAAUAAAAUUGAAAAUAAGCCAA